ACGUAUUUUGUUUGUGUCAAUAAUGACGUGUCAUGGUUUUCAUCCAUUUUUUUCUUUUAUUAUUCAUUUUGCUUCAGUGACCGUCGAGUCUAGUGUAUAAAUUAUACAGACAUGUAUAAACUCGACAUAAUUGAGUAAGAACAAAAUAUAUUUCAAUUUAAAAGCAGGUAUUAAAAACUACCUGAUUAUGGGUCCAAGAAAAAAGAAAAUCAAUAAUAAACAUUCUAACCAAAAUGAUCAUCAAAAUUUUAAAAACAGAGCUAAAGAUUUCAAACAGUCAUCACAUUUAAAAAAUGCAGAUAAUUCAAAUAAUAUUGAUUCUAGAAAGAAAAAUGAACUGACACAGUCAAAUAAUGCUAAUCACCAAGAACAGGAAUAUAAACAAAAAUCAUCUUUUAAUGAAACAUAUAAUAAUAAAAUUAAUCAAAAUGAAUUUUUAUCUAACAAUAAUUUUAGAUUUGGAUACAAACGACUUGAAGAAUUGAUUUUUAAAGACCCUUCUGAAAUUGUGUUUGUGAUGUCAAAUAAAGUUAAUGGAUUCUUGGACUUAUUCAAGCAAAAUAAAGAACCAGAUUGGAUUUAUUUGCUUAUAAAAGUUUCUGCUAAGAUUUGUUCUACUGAGUUAAUAGAAAGCAAACAUUUUUUACUAACAGAACUUAUGUGUAAUCAAUUUUUUGAUCACCUAAAAACAUAUAUACUGAGUACACCAAAUGAAAAAAAUGUUAAUCGAUGUAACAAUAUGAAUACAUUUUAUGAAGAUUGUUUGGUUGUAUUUCAAUCUAUAACCACUUUAUUUCCAAAAACAGCAAAAGAAAGAUUAAAGGAAAUAAUAGUAAGUAGUAAUAUUGCUUUAAAUGGUAUUAAAAGUUAUAGUAGUCAUAUUAAAAUUAAUGAAGUUACAAUGAUUGAAAUGAAUGAUCUAUUACAAAAAGUGAAUGAUACUAAGUUAACAGAAAAAUUAGAAUUGGAAGAAAAAUUAGUUAUUGAAAAUGUUGCCCAACUCAUGCCUCCACCAGGAAAUUUUAGAGAACUAACUGUUUAUCCAACCUCAAUAGAUCUUGAAUAUGGAGAACCAUUUUUACGACCUAAUAUUUACAAAGGAGUUUACCAGAAUGUAGAACAUUAUUUAGACGUUCAGUUUCGUCUUUUAAGAGAAGAUUUUAUUUCUCCACUCCGAGAAGGUAUACAAUUUUAUAAAGACAUAAUAAAUGAUCAACGGCAACAUCAACGUCGUAAAAAAAUAAAUAAUAUACGUAUUUAUAAUAAUGUUAAAUUUGAAAAAAAAGGUGAUUUUGUUCGUGAUAAAUAUGGUUAUCUAGUAAACUUUGAUGAAAAAAAAAAAUUAAAAAUCAACUGGGAGGUGGCAAAACGAUUUAUGAAUGGUUCUUUAUUGCUAUUUUCUGGAAACGGUUUUAGAACUUUUUUUAUGGGUAUUGUUUUGGUAAGAAAGAUUGAACUUUUGACUCAAGGAAAAAUACUAGUUGAAUUAUUAGAAGACGCACAACCUUUAUUUAACACAUCUCUUACUAUGGUAGAGAGUGAAGUAUUUUUUGAACCAUAUAAAUGCUCAAUGCAAGUUUUAAAAAAUAUUAAUACUAAUAAAUUUCCAAUGGAAAAGUAUAUAAUAUCAGCUUGUAAUGAUAUAAAUUAUCCAUAUUAUUUGGAAAAGUUACCUGAAGAUUACGACUAUACAAUUGAUUUAGACAUUAUUUUUAAAGUUCGGAAUAAUGAAAAUUGGCCUACUAAAGAAGAACUAGGACUUGAUGAAUUUCAAUACGGAGCAUUUAGAGCAGCUUUAACACAAGAAUUCACAAUAAUCCAAGGACCACCAGGUACUGGAAAAACUUUCUUAGGAUUGAAAAUUAUGAAAACAAUUAUAAGUAAUUUAUAUGAAAAUAAACUUCUUACUAAACCAAUUUUAGUAAUAUGUUACACCAACCAUGCCCUCGACCAAUUUAUAGAAGGAAUAUUGAGUUUCACAAAAAAAGUUGUUAGAAUUGGAGGUCAAUCCAAAUCAAAACUUAUAGAAGAAUACAAUUUAAGGAAUAUAACUCGUAAAUACAAACAAUUUAAAAAUAUUAAUAAAGUUCUAAGAAAGGUUGAAGAUAAACUAAAAACUAUUAUGCACAAUAUAAAAUAUUUUCAAAAGUGUAGUGAAUUUGUUUCAUACAAUGCAGGAAUAUUAGAGUUAUCAUUGUUGAAAAAUGGUAUGCCAAAACAAUAUCAUAGUAUUUUUAAAACAACUUUAGAUCUUCUGUAUUGGUUAUUUCAAGAUUAUGAUCAUUUUAAGGUAGAUCCAAUUGCGUUUAUAACUGGAGUUAGUUAUGAGUUGAUAAAUAAAGUUUUUCAUUCAGAAAAAUUAUUACAAAUUAAUAAAGAAGUAGAUGAUUAUGAUGAUGAUGAAACUAAGCUGUAUGAACCAGAUUACUUAGAUUUGGAGUAUAAUCAUAAAGAUGUUGUUAUUUAUAGUAUAACAUUAGACGACAUAAAAAAAGCUUGCUCAGAUCUACUUAAGGAGAAUAUAGAAUUAGAGAGUUUAUCAAAUUUGAAUAUAAAUUUCUUUAAUCAAUCUGAAGAAGCUAAAUUUAAUUUUGAUGUAAUGGAAAAUAUACACGACUAUUUUCUAUAUAUGUUGAAUAUGGCUGAUGCUGAUAUUGAACUACCAAGUUCAAUAAAAAAUUUAUAUUCAUUAAAUAUGAGACAAAGAUGGUCAUUAUAUUUUCAUUGGGUAAAAAAAACAAAAGAAAUGUUUGAGCCGAAAAUAAGAAAUUAUGAACAAAAGUAUACUCAAAUUUAUAAGCAAUUUGCUGAAUUACAAGAAUUGGAAAAUGUGGAGAUUAUAAAGAAUAUGCAUGUUGUAGCAUUAACUACUACUGGUGCUGCUAAACACAAAAUAAUGCUUGAAGGAUUAGAAUCACCAAUUGUUGUUGUUGAAGAAGCUGCUGAAGUUUUAGAAGCACAUAUAGUCUCUUCAUUAACAAGUCACUGUCAACAUUUAAUAUUAAUCGGUGACCAUAAACAACUGCGUCCUAGUAAUGCAGUGUACAAGUUAGCAAAAAAUUAUAAUUUUGAUAUUUCAUUAUUUGAACGUAUGGUCAAUAAUGAAGUACCUUGUUAUACAUUGGGUGAACAACAUAGAAUGCGCCCUGAAAUAGCUUCUCUAAUAUGUCCAUCAAUAUAUAGUGAAUUGAAAAAUGAUAUUUCUGUUUACAACAGAAAUCAUAUCCGUGGUGUUACCAAAGAUAUAUUCUUUUUAAAUCACAAUAUGUAUGAAAAUGAAAUUGAGGAAAUUUCAAGUAAAAGUAACGACCACGAAGCUAGAUUUUUAAUUAUGUUUGCUAGGCAUUUAAUUUUACAAGGAUAUAAAACUGAUCAAGUAACGAUAUUAACAACUUACAGUGGUCAAUUAUUUUUAUUUCGUUCAUUGAGAAAAGAACAUAAAAACUUAGAAGGCAUGAAAAUCACCGUGGUAGAUAAUUAUCAAGGAGAGGAAAGUGAUAUAAUAUUAUUAUCAUUAGUUAGAAGUAAUGAAAAUGGUAAUGUGGGAUUUUUAAAAACUGAGAACCGAAUAUGUGUUGCAUUGUCAAGAGCUAAGUAUGGACUUUAUAUAAUGGGUAACAUGGACAAUUUGUAUAAUUCUGGUAAUUUGUGGAAACAAAUAAAAGAAACAUUAGUAAAUCAGGGUUCAUAUGGUGAUGAAUUGACUUUAGAAUGUGCCAUUCAUUCUGGUAUGACGACAAAGGUUGCAAAGAGUGAUGAUUUUAAUAUAAUCAUAGAAGGUGGUUGUUCAAAGUUGUGUAAAUCAUUGUUAUUGUGUGGACAUUAUUGUUCAAGUAUAUGUCAUUCUUAUGAUCAUGAACAUUUAGAAUUUAAAUGCUUGGAGCUGUGUAAUAAGUCUUGUGUUUAUAAUCAUCCGUGUAAAAAAAUAUGUUAUAUGGAUUGUGGAGAGUGCACUGUGCCUUUGAUGAAAGAAUUACCAUGUGGACACCAAUUGACAUUACCAUGUUUUGUUGAUAUUCUUACUUAUCCAUGUGCAGAAAUGGUGGAAUCUGUAUUAGAAAAUUGUGGUCAUACAAUCUUAAAAAAAUGUUGCGACAAAGAACCAAAAUGUACAUAUAAAUGUUUAGACCGAUUAGAAUGUGGUCAUGCUUGUGAACAAAAUUGCCACAAGAACGAUGAUCCAGAACAUGAGAAAUAUAAUUGCACCAAACCUUGUGAAAAUAUAAAUAAAAAAUGCUCUCUUAAUCACAAAUGUAAAAAAAUGUGUUAUGAAGAUUGCUCAUUGUGCACUGUUAAAGUUGAGAGAAUUCUAGCAUGUGGACAUAUAAAAAAUGAUGUUCCUUGUGGAUUAAAUAUUAAUGAAAUUAAAUGUAUUCUUCCCUGUGAACGUCCAUUAAAGUGUGAUCAUAAGUGUCAAUCUAAAUGCUAUGAAAAAUGUAAACCUUGUGAAAACCAAGUAGAAAAAAUUAUACCAGACUGUGGCCAUUCAAUUACAAUGAAAUGUAAAUCUAUACCAGAACGUAAGCACUGCUCUAAAGAUUGUGAAAGAAUUUUAGAUUGCGGACAUUUAUGUAAGAAUAAAUGUAAGGAUAUAUGUACAAUUAAAGGGUGUGAAGAAAUAGUUUUGCAAAAAAAUAGUCAACUUGCUUGUGGUCAUAAUAGUGUUUGGGUUUUAUGCUGUGAUAAAGAUAAAGAGUUCAGUCUGGAUAGUCAAUAUCUACUUGAUAAAUGCCGUGAACCAUGUCAACAAAAAUUAAAUUGUAAUGAUAUUUGUUUGGGAACUUGUGGAGAAUGUAAACAAGGACGUUUACAUGUACCUUGUAGUGAGAUUUGUAACAAGAUAAACCCAUGUAAUCAUACGUGCAAAUUUCCCUGUAAAGAACGGUGUCCACCGUGUAAUCAGAAAUGCAUCUAUUCUUGUGUGCAUUCUAGAUGUAGUAGGGUGUGUGGUAAACCCUGUGUACCGUGCAAGGAAACAUGUGAGUGGAAAUGUCCACAUUUUAAAUGCACUAAAAAAUGUUAUGAAUUAUGUAAUCGAAAACCUUGUUAUGAACCUUGCUCAUCUAUGUUGAAAUGUGGACAUGAAUGUAUAGGUUUUUGUGGUGAACCAUGCCCUCCUCUAUGUCGCAUUUGCCAAAAAGAUGAAGUAACUACAAUAGUUUUUGGAAAAGAAGAUGAACCAAAUGCAAGGUUUAUUUAUUUGGAAGAUUGUAAACAUUCUAUUGAAUCUGAAGCUUUAACAGUAUGGAUGAACCAGAAUGAUGAGGAAAUAUGUUUAAAGCAGUGUCCAUUGUGUAAAACACCGAUUUUAAAAACCCAACGUUUUAUGAACCAAGUAAAAGUUAUAUUAGAAGAUGUAUCAAAAAUAAAAAUAAUUCAGUAUGGAGAACUAACUAUAAUUCGCAACCAAAUGAAAACAAUACUUGAUUCAUUAAAAUACUUGAACAAACAUUUUUCUUUAAAUUAUAUUGGUGAUAGAUUUUCUAGUAGCAGACGUUUAUGGGAUAAAUUUUGUAAGCCUUUGUUAGGUCUUAUGGGUAAUAAACGUUCAAAGUUUACUUUGCCUGCUAAUGAUAUUGAAUCGUUAAACUUUGUCAUUGAUUUGUUUAAUGCUACUUCAAAGUUUAAAAAUAGAAUUAAAGAAAUCAAGAAUGUACAAAGAAAACAAAUUAUUAUUAAUCACUUUGAUUGGAUUCUUACUGUUGCUUUUACUUAUGCACAACAGUUGUCAAAUCAACAAAAAUCUGAUAUAAGCAUAGAGAUGGCACGUGGUUCAAGGUUUAUAAGUUUAUUUGAGAUCAUGUCAGACACAAAAUUUCAGAUGGCAGUUAAUAUGCAAACUUCUGAUACAUAUGAAAUAAAAACAAUAGUCGAUAACAUGGAGGUUUUGUUGAUGUCUUGCAACAAGUAUACGUUAAGCAAAGAUCAGGAAAUACAAAAUUUAAUAGAAGAUAUCCAACAAAAAAUUAAUGGCCUUCCUAUAAUAACUAACGAAGAAAAACAAAUGAUUCAUGCAGCAAUGUCUAUCAAUUUUAUUGGAGGCAUAAAAGCUCAAGGACAUUGGUGUAAAUGUCCAAAUGGUCACAUUUAUUGUAUUACGGAAUGUGGUGGUCCAAUGCAGCAAUCUAUUUGUCCCGAUUGCAAAGUACCUAUAGGGGGACAAAGUCACAGACAUGUUUCAGGAGUUACUGUUGCAUCAGAGAUGGAUGGCGCUAGAAAUCUUCUGUUUCAGUAAUAGUUAUUAUUCAAAUAAUUUGUUUUUAUUUUUAUUAUGUAAAUUUUUUACAUCACCAUGUUAAAUUCUGCAUUUUAUUCUUACAAUGUCAUUUAAAGUAUGUUUUUAUAAUUAUUUUAUCAAGUUUAUUAAAAUAUUUUCAAGUGUUAAACUAAUUUUUUUUUUAAUGUCAUAUAUUUUGUAAUAGUUAUCAGUGUUAUCAUAAUAAAAAAAUAAUUAAAUAUGAUAA